AUGUUCGAGUGGGGAGGAUGGUGUAUGAGAGUGUCUCGGAUAGGUAUAAUUCAAGGUGUCGGUGGUGGGACAAGUAAAGGAAUGGUUAUCACCUAUUGGUUCGAUGUUGAAUCUGGAUCGGAUGGAGGAGGAUGGGUCGAGCAAGUGGAUCGGGUGAGAAGGACGGUUGGGUAA